AUGGAUGAUUUUUUCCCCCUGCCUGCAAAGUGCAGAAAAGAGUUGGAUAAAAACAUUAUAGAAGUGCUUGCAAGGUUCACCGAGUCAUGUAAAACGGAUAAACCAGAUGAUAUAAUAAUAUAUGCCAUUGAUUAUUUCAAAAAACUAAGACAAAAAAGACAAGAUGAUAAAGCCGAAAAAGAAUAUAUAGAUAAGUUGAGUUUGAAACAGGCUGUCACACCAUUAGCAGAAUUUGAUACAGAAGAAUUUAUAGAAGGGCAUCACGAGCAUGUGAGGUCGGAGUGUCAUGAUUUAGAAAAAUUGAAACAAGAACUACCUAAUCGUCCAGUGGAAAAAAGAAUGGAGACUAAAAAGUUCCUUGCCUCAACUCUUAGACAAAGCUGUUUAUUUCAGACAUUGGAUUACGAGCGAAUGCGGAAUGUUAUAAAUGCCAUGAGACCAAAAUUUGUUCGCAAAGGCGAAUGCGUUCUCGAGCAAGGUAAAACUAUAGAUUCAUUUAUGGUUUUUGAAAAUGGAGCUUUUGAAGUAUUAAAAAUAAAACCGCCUGUUCCUGAACCAAAAUUGAUAAGAACUGGUGGCAGAGGUGAAUACUUUGGAGAAAACAGUUUACUUCACCCGAUUGUGAACAAAGUAUCAGUAAUAGCUUUGCUUGAUAGUACCUUAUGGACCAUUUCCAGGAAUUUAACAGAAAGCGAACGCCUAAGUAUUGCGGAACAGAUGAGAACUGUGUAUAUUAAAGAAGGCGAAUCCGUUUAUCAACAAGGUGAAUGCGCAAGUGGAAUCUUUGUAGUUGAAUAUGGUUCAGUAUCGCUAAACUUGCGGGGGAGUCAGGAUUUGCAGAUCAUGGUAAAUCGCGUCGAAGAGCGACAAUAUUUUGGAGAAAUGGCAUUAUUUACGCAUGACAGAAGACCAUCGACGGCUAUUGCACUGAUACCACUGUGUCUGCACUUCGUGGGAGUAAGUAGCUUCGAAAACGUAGUCGGUCCAUGUUUGCAGUUGAUGGCUAGAACACCAGUUGGUUUGAGUGAAAGAAUUAUGGAAUUGUUUGGGCACAUAUCAAAUAUAAAAAAUUUACGUAGCGAGUUACCGAAUACUCUACGCCUUUCACUCGAGUCACUCAGAGAUUUGGAAGUCGAAAAUAAAACAUCACAUGAAGAAAUGCAAUGA